AGAUCCUCUCCAAGGAAACCUGCGAUUACUUCGAGAAACUUUCCCUUUACUCCGUUUGUCCGGCUCUCUUGGUCCGCCCCAAACCGCUGCACUCCUGCGCCGGGUCCCCUUCUCUGAGGGCAUAUCCGCUCAUCUCCGUCAUCACCAGGCAGCCCUCCGUGCUCCCUCACCUCGUCCCAGCUGCCACCAGCUCCCGCGUGCUGCCAGCCCAAACCUCCUCGGGCACCGCGAGCUCGGAGGCACCUGCCAGCGAGACCCAUGCCAGCAGCGAGUCGGAGGCAGAGCAGCCCACGCCUCGGUUAAAAAAGCCGCGCCGGAGUCGGACCAUCUUCACGGAGCUCCAGCUGAUGGGCUUGGAGAAGAAAUUCCAGAAGCAGAAGUAUCUCUCUACCCCUGACAGGCUUGACUUAGCCCAGUCCUUGGGGCUGACCCAGCUCCAGGUGAAGACGUGGUACCAGAACCGGAGGAUGAAGUGGAAGAAAAUGGUGCUGAAGGGUGGGCAGGAAGCUCCAACGAAGCCCAAAGGCCGUCCGAAGAAAAACUCCAUUCCCACCUCAGAGGAAAUCGAAGCGGAAGAGAAAAUGAACAGCCAGGCUCAGAGUCAGGAGCUGGAGGGAUCUCAAGCACCCGAGGAGCCUAAACUGACAGAGGAGAAGCCAGAAGUCUCUUUGGAGACAGAGAAAUUGCCAGAACAUAUAUCAGAGCCCUCCUCAGAGGAGACUACGCCAUUAAGUUAAAAGGAAAAGAAAGGAGGG